GUAGCAAAGUUUCUUCAGUUUGCUAGAAGUCUUCUCAUUCACGAUGUGCUUUGAAUGAAAUGAACGGAAAGAAAAGUGAACACUGGAAUGUCAAAAAAUUCAGCGUACAUAGGUGACAAUCGGAAAUAACGAAUGCAUAGCUUUCAAUCACACAGCGCGUCUGAGGGAUGAGUUUCAUUUUUCACUUGCAAAGCCAAACUUGAGAAUGCUAAAUUCAUAAUGAGGGAUGUUCUGUUUAUUUAUCGCGUUCUUUUGCCGCCUCUGAUUCUUCUGAUCGCUGGAUUGCCUUGCCCGUCAGAAGAACUACUGGGCAUCGAUCCAGCAGUUAAUGCUGACAGACAUUCAAUGAACAGCGAAUUUAAACCUCGUUCCAAUGAAUCUGGCGCCAAAAUAAUAACGCUUACUGAAUUAAAGUUGGCAAGCAUUGACACUAAAGAUAGUAGCUCUAGUAACUUAUUAAAAAUGGCAGUUAAAAGUCCUAAAAGUCAACAAGAAAAUGUGAAGAAUGCUGGACAAGGAUGGCGCCAACAAACAAGCAGAAGACGUGAAAGUUUUUCUAUAAAUUCAGUUCCUAGAAAAACUGUUUAUCCUCGAAAGGAAACUGACACGUUUAAUUUGAGUGACAACAACGAUAAAGGGUUGCAAGAAAUAGUUCAGGAGUCAGCCUCGUUUACCAGCCAAUACAGGGAGCUGUUAAAGUCAUAUGAAAUGCACAGGAGUCGAAGAUCUACCAGUGACAAGUUGUCCCAAAAGAUCAAACUAGGACCGCCCAAGUCAGUGGCUCCAGAAUACAUGAUACAACUAUAUCAUCUUCUGCAAGGUACUCAUUAUCACCUGCUCAUGAACACGGUGGUUACAAGUUUCAUCAACAUUAAUCACGCAGAUCCUGUACCAUCGAGUGAUAACACAGAAGCACCUUCUACCCUCGUCUUUAAUGUUACUCUGGAUAAAGAAGAGGAGAUAAUUCAGUAUGCAGAAGUCAGAGUAUUUCUAGUAGUCACAUGUAGUUUCCCCGACCAGGAAGUGUGUAAAUCCUCCGGUCAAAUAAAAGUUUAUGAACUUGAUCCAUGGAAUGAAACAGCGCCUUCUGCUUUAGUAACUUCUAAGAACUUCAGCAUCGCAAACGGAACAUGGGAGAGCAUUAACGUGACUUCAUCUGUCCAAUCCUGGAUGACCUCAGGGUUGAAAAUAUUUGAAGUACAUUUAAGUUUAAGCGAAGCAAAUAAGAACAAAGACAAAGUAAGACUCGCUAUUGGCAGCAUUGAUGGCAAAGAACCUCUUUUGGUGGUGUUUGCCAAAAAAACAGGUUCCAUCUCGCAUCACGUCCUAGCCAAGAGAGACACAUACUAUUCCACGGACUCUAUCGAGUUAAGUCUGUUCCAUCGAAACUCGACCAAUGAAACAAACUACAGCCGGCAAUAUUUUCAGGGAUUCGUGAAUGCCGUCAAAACCAUGCAGCUUGCCGAGCACCAAAUCUCCUCCGCCAAAGCUAAGCAGCCAAGUCUGCUAGACAACUAUGAAUAUGUGGACAGCGAAAACAUCCCUAAUGUUACAUUCCAAAGUAAAAUAAUCAGAAACAACGCGCAACAUAAGCGUCCACUUGACUCUUCGAGUAUUUCUUCAUUCAGGAAAAUAUACGAUACGGUAUUAUCUGCGAAAAAUGAGGAGUCGGAAUCGGAGAAUAGUUCCGAAGAAUCGGAAGACGACGUUUCGCCGAAUCCAGUUUUCCUGGCCCGAGCCAGACGACAUGCCAAAGCGAGGUUCAGGAGACAUUUAGAUGUGUUGUUUGAGGACGGACACGUGGCCAAGGCGCAUAAUCGAUUCAAAAGGAGUAAAAAGAAACGGAGCAGUUGUCGACGUCAGCAACUGUACAUAGUGUUUAAAGAAAUCAAGUGGAACUUGACUGUCAUUGCACCGGAUGGAUAUCAUGCAUUUGAAUGUAUUGGAAAGUGUUACUACCCGAUCGGUACCCACCUGAGUCCUACCAGGCAUGCCAUCAUCCAGACGCUGCUACACACCAGCUACCCGGAGAAAGGAAGCCGGGCCUGCUGCGUCCCUACAAAACUGGACCCCAUCUCCAUCUUAUUCGAUAUUGAUGGCGUUGUUAAGUUUGACUACAGCUAUGAGGGCAUGAUAGCAGCAGAGUGUGGGUGCCGCUGAUAUUAGCGUGAAGGGCCAUCUAGGUUUCUGUGUGUGGAGAGAGAGUGUGUGUGACAGCGAGAGAGCGAGGGGCAUCCUACAUAUGUGUUUAGUCCAUGCAGUCACCCUGUCCUUUACGACACAGUUGGCAACACCAAGUGACUUCCUAGAUUUGUUAAAGUGAGAUCGGCAUGAAGACCAUGAGACAUUUCUCAAUAACCUAAAGAGCAGACAGGGGUCCAUGGAUCAAAGUUAUGAACUGACCAGGAGUCCAUGAAUCAAAGUUAUGAACUGACCAGGGGUCCAUGAAUCAAAGUUAUGAACUCACCAGGGGUCCAUGAAUCAAAGUUAUGAACUGACCUGGGGUCCAUGAAUCAAAGUUAUGAACUGAACAGGAUUUGAACUGACGAGACUAAGGUUCAUUCUAUAAUGAUAGCCUAGGAGGCUCCCCGGACUUUGUAUCACCAAAUAAUGACAAAUUAGACAACCCUGGGCUACAUAAAUAUGAAAUACGAUGUAUGCACAUUGACUGUAUAUUUAGCCCAACUGGCAAACUCUAGCAAGAAUGUAGUGUGACUUGCACGAGAGAAGCUAUGCACUUUGGCAAUAACUACUUGCAACCAGUACAAUGUCAUUUUGUUUUUCCAACAAUGAGUGGAGUCUACUUUGUCUAAAAUUUGUAGUGGUCAAGGUUUAGUUUAGCCACAAAAACUUCAGUAAAUAUUUGUUAUUGAUAGUUUAUAUCAAUAAAGUUACAUCUAUAAAGUUACAAUGGUUUACUGUUAAAUGCAUGGAAGCAAGUUUUAUUUAAUUUAAACAAAUGUGUAUCAAGGGCGGUAUUUUUAAUAGUAUCGGUCAUGAAAAGUUACACGUCAUCCAACCCACCAAGAUAUUCAUUCUUUUCCAGUAAACAAACACACAAAGAAUACUUUUUUACCCUCGGACAUAUGGCGCCAUUUCAGACAAGUAAACCCAACAAAUGGAUUUUUUUAUUUUUUUUUACUUACCAGGGGUACCAGUAAUUUGUUUCAUUAUAUCAAUUCUUUUUCUUUUUAACCGCAAAGUGAAAGUAUUAAAUUUUUCAAACUACCUUAUCUAGUGAUAGUCAUGAUAUUGUAGUUUCUUACGUGCUUUUGUUUCCUUAACAAUGGAUACUUGCAAGUACUGGGUACCAGUAUUAAUAUCCCAAUGAUAAUCUUGUACGUGUAGAGUUGCGUAGUUCAUAUAUAAAGACAACAUAUUUGUGCCUAUUGAAUUUUUAAAAUGAACAGCUGGCCUAUAUAAUUGCACUGUAGUUGUGUCUGCAGGCGUUAGCCUCGCAAAUAACGUACUUGGCCGUCUUAAGAUUUCUAUCGUGACGAAAUAUAUCCAUGGAUGCAUGCGUUUUAAUCAGAAUACAUGUAUCCAAGUGUAAACUUACCUCCCUUGAGUAGAUAACUGCUAUUCAGCUAAUGGUACGCAACAUAAACCUACUAAUUCUAUAUGUACUCACUCCACAAUAGAGGCAGAAUCAAGUUCGAUGGUUACCGUACUUUAAGGCACCUUCACUUAAAUGAGGAUUCAAAAGCGAGUACAGCUAACCGGUCUUGACAGAUUAUCUUGUCUUUAAUGAUCAGUUAACCAUUUCAGCCAUCUGCAUUUUUUUUUAAAUUCUACACCAUAUACCGUAAGUAGAUUAGGCAAUUUAUGCCAUUUGUUAGGUUCUUAGAAUUAUUAUUUUAGGUCACUAGGAAUGUUGUGCACUUCGUUCGUCUAAAAAUAUUUUCUAUUUAAUUGGUAGAAUGGACAUUUUAUUUGGACUAUAACCUAACGAUGAAAAGGUAUAUUUCACUGUUCUAUGGAUUUUAAAUGCUAUUACAAAUGUAUUACAACUAUGUAAUAGAAUUGCUGUAUAGGAUCAUAAAUAUUUUGUAUACCGGUCCGAUUUUGGAGGUGAAUAAAGCUGUACCAAAAUUAA